AUGGUCCGUUUAACUUCUGUACUUCAUUGGAGCGACUAUUAUAAUAUUCCAAAACGAUUUAUCGAUAGAGCAAAAUUUAUCGGAACAUAUAUUGAAGGUAACUAUGGUGUUAUACCAAAAAAAACUGUAAAAUAUAAUGAUCCAUAUCGAUAUCAAAUUGAUCCACCGUGGACUGAUAUAGCAGUUCGAGAAAAUCAUCCAAAAAAUAAUGCAAAAUUACCUCAAUUAGUUGAACCAUUAAAAACAUGGGAUUAUUUUCGAGGUGAUUUUGUAGAAGUAUUAGCGGGAAAACAUAAGGGUAAACAAGGCAAUGUUUGUGCAUAUAUUCGUGAAUUAAAUUAUAUAUUCGUAUUUGGAUUGAAUACGGAACUUACGCGUAUCGGUGGGAAUCGUCCCGGUACAACAACAAUCGUAGUGAAGGAAAAACCAUUGAUUGCACCAUACCAAGUCAAAUUGAUUGACCCAUUUGAUGGAAAACCUUGUACAAUUGAAUGGCGUUAUACAAGCGAAGGUGAAUUAGUUCGUGUUUCUACUCGAAGUGGACGUAUUAUACCAAAAGCACCACAAGCUGAAGAAACAUCGGAUUAUGCGACAAAAAAAAGUUAUUUACCUGGUCCUCAAGACACGAUUGAUGCUGAUAUUAAAGAAGUAACAUUUAAACCAAACUUAAUGACUGUUGAACAAGAAUUAAUGAAAAUAAAUAAUAUUGAGGAGACUCGUACGCCGGGACCGACAUGGUUUCAACCGAUUCGUAUGGCAAUGUUAUAUGAAAGUAAAUUUCGUAUCAAUAUUAUGAAACGUAUGGCCAAUCAUGGUGUACAUAAAGCAUUGGGCACUCGACGUGGAAAUAUAUCAUUGUGGGAAAAAAUAAUCAAUUUAGACGAGUGUGUUGUCGAAGCGCCCUACUUUCCAUUUCCACUAGCAGCCAAAGCGAAACAACAAGCAUUUUGUCAAAUUGAACCGAAAUGGAAACCGUUACAACCAGUUCGAAAACCGGCAGGGUCCUUUGUAGAACACCAGCAUAAAAAAUAUGUUUGCUAA